AAGUCAAAUUUCUCAAAGCCUAGUUUAUACUAAAUCAUGGUAUCAAGAAACACUCCAUAUUUUCUACCAUAUUUAGCUUAUCACGAAAGCCAAGAAGAAACUGGCAGAAAGAGCAAAGAAGAUCGACCAAACUGCUGGAGAAUUGGAGGGUGUUCAAAAGAAUGCUGCCGAACUUAUGCAAGAACUCGAUGCUGCUCGUGAGUCAGAGCUUCUUUCAUCCGCGCUCAAGGUUGCGGAACCGGGAACGCAAGCUGAGAAGUUGAAAGUGCUGAAGGAAUCUCUGAAGAAUACUGGAAAACGAGUGGAUGACUUCGUUUCUGAUUGCAAAUUACUCAUCCGCACAGCCGGGGCCGAAGCUGAUACUACGGAAUUGGACAAAACCUUGCAAGAUGUUUGUGACAAAUGGUCGGAAGUGUCUACUUCCCUUGCUUCGAAAGAAAGAGAGGUGGAUGCGGCUGUGCAACAGCUUGGACGCUACGAAGAUGCCUACAAAGGACUUCUGAAUUGGCUGGAAGAAACAGAAGAGAUGAUGGAAAAUCAGAAACCUCCUGCCGCUGAUGCUAAGGUAGCCAAGGCUCAGAUGCAUGCUUAUGAUGUUCUCAUGAAGCACAUUGAAGAUAAAGAUUUGAGGUCAGAAGAAAUUUUUGAUGAAAGGUCGAUUAAUUGA